AUGUCGUCUCAGCAACAGAGCUCCCCCAAACGAGCCUCUAGACCAAGUAUACAGGUAUCCACGUCAACAAUAACUCAACGACAAUUAAGCCAUUUGAAUUCUCAAGUUGCUCAAUUACAUGCAAAUGUAUCGGAUUUUAAUGAAUUGUUGAAAACAACUGCUCAGCAGUAUCAAAGUCUCCAGAUGUUGGGAAAACUUCAGGCUAGUUUGUUUAUGGCUAGUCACAGGGUGUUUGAAGAGGAAUCGUUCAAGGAUGACGAGGCAAUAAGAGAAUCUAGUAACUAG